AUGCUGCCAAGAUAUCAGUAUCUUUGGUCUCGUAUUCUUCGACGAAAGUCGUAUGUACGGGUUGGAGGGAGAUCUUUCAUAUCUUUCGAGAUCCACCCCCGAAUAUGGGUGAAGUCAAACAAGUCUCUUCAGGGACUGUGGCAAACAAGAGGGUUUGACACAGCUCAUAUUGCAGGUAGAUUAUACUAUCGUGCUGCAAUCAAGUUUCGUGGGGUUGGUGUUGAUAUCAGUUUCACGAUCAGUGAUUAUGAAGAGGAUAUGAUACAUAUGAAUAACCUAACAAAUGAAGAGCAUGUUCACAUUUUUCGCCGUCAAAGCAAAGGCUUCCCUCGAGCUCGAAGUACAGAGAUGGUGCACUGCAUAAAUGUUGUCGAUCGGAAGCAAAAUGGUGCGACUAAUAGAACACUAAUUUUACCCUCUGAUAUCAAUUUCGGCCCCUUACAACUGGCCGGAUGGUGCUUUCCGAGGCUGUUGCUUUUCGUGAGUUGUACCGCGGGGGUGUAUUUAGGGGGUCUGGCUUCGAGGUUGCUGGCACUCGGCGUUCUACUUUCUCGGUUUCUGUGGUUAAAGGGUCCCGAUUAUGUUUUUUACUCACUUAUGUUCAUUGCGGUGGAUAAAUGGGUAACGAUAGAUGUAAUGAUCAACAAUGCAGGCAAUGCAGUUGCCAGAGUAAUGAUGAAGAAGAAAAAGACUAAUCCUUGGCUGUCUGAGCAAGGCCCUUCUUCUUCCCACACAAACUCACAACACAUGUACAUUGUCAAGGAAUAUGGGAAAAUGGAUCCUCAAGUGACAAAUAGAAAAGCUAAUCUCCCACACAAGCUAAUCUCCGUACAUUCCCCACUACUUGCUCGAUCAAAAUGGACAACUCAAGCUCGAGGUCUAAUCUUGAUCUGCCUCGAUUUUGCUGUGAUCAACGCGUUCCGAUUGAAGCACCAUGCCUCGGCAUCGGCUUUCCCUAGGGCUCCGGAGCCCUAG